GGAGGAAAAAAAAAGAAAAGGAAAAGGGUGGGGGCGUCACCUUUUUCAAAACAAAAAAAAAAAGCACCACGUGUUCCGUAUAUAUAAACUAGCUGGCCCGCGCGCUGUGGGCAGCAGCGGCAUUUGAGAGCGGCGCGCGGCAGGUUGAGCUCCGCUGGUUUUUUGGGUCGUGACACGGUGCUGACGGUUAAAAGGCUCGCGCGAGGACUAUUACCGUUUGGUUUUCUUUCGGCUUCCCGGUAGUUAAAAAGAAACGUUGGAUAUUUUGUCAAUCGGCAACCAUGGAGGUGACUGAAGCUGGCUGUGAUCUCACUUACUGCAAGAUGAGGGGGAUCGUGACCGUUCUCACUGCUUUCAUCAAGGAGAGAAAAAUGGGGUUGAAUGACUUCAUCCAGAGGCUGGUGUCUACGCCACAUAUCUGCCAACAUGUUGAAGUUAACAACUUCCUGAAGAUUGAUGAGAAUCAAAACGAGGAAGACGAAGAUGACCAACUUCCUGAAAGUCUGAUGUGCCUAAAUUCCCGAAGUUCACUGGCUGAGGACACUCAGAUCAAACCCUGUGAUUUCGACUACCUCAAAAUCAUUGGCAAAGGCAGCUUUGGAAAGGUUCUGCUGGCUCGGCACAAGGAAUCCACCAAAUAUUACGCCGUCAAGGUGCUGCAGAAGAAAAUCAUCAUGAAGAAGAAAGAGCAAAAGCAUAUCAUGGCUGAGCGCAGCGUGCUGAUGAAGAACAUCAAGCAUCCCUUCCUGGUGGGGCUGCACUACUCCUUCCAGACCACUGACAAGCUGUACUUUGUACUCGACUACGUCAACGGCGGGGAGCUCUUCUACCACCUCCAGAGAGAGAGGGUCUUCCUGGAGCCCAGAGCCAGGUUCUAUGCUGCUGAAAUUGCAAGUGCACUUGGCUACCUCCACUCCCUGCACAUUGUGUACAGGGACCUGAAGCCUGAAAACAUCCUGUUAGACUCACAGGGACACAUUGUCCUCACAGACUUUGGCCUCUGCAAAGAAGGCCUUACAAACAACGGUACAACAACGACCUUCUGCGGGACGCCUGAGUACUUGGCCCCUGAGGUUCUCCAGAAGCAGGCGUACGACCGCACGGUGGACUGGUGGUGUCUGGGAUCGGUGCUCUACGAGAUGCUCUACGGACUUCCCCCGUUCUACAGUCGCAACACGGCCGAGAUGUACAACAACAUCCUGCACAAGUCUCCCGUGCUCAAGCCCAAUGUGUCGAAUGCAGGUCGGGAGCUGCUCGAGGGGCUCCUGCAGAAGGACCGCACCAAGCGGCUUGGGGUGAAGGAUGACUUUCUCGAACUCAAGUUCCAUUCCUUCUUCUCGCCGAUCAACUGGGAGGAUCUGAUGUCCAAGAAGAUCACGCCUCCGUUCGUCCCUUCUGUGAGCGGCCCCACGGACCUGCAACACUUCGACCCCGAGUUCACCCACCUGCCCGUCUCCUCCUCUCUGUGCAACGACACGCUGACCGUGACCAGCAGCGUCAAGGAGGCGGCCGGAGCGUUUCCGGGCUUCUCUUACGCCCCCCCGGCGGGCCACUCCUUCAUGUGAGCGCCAGCCGCUCUGCCUGGGAACUCGCCGUUGGAUUGACAGUCUUAUUAUUAUUAUUAUUAUUAUCUUUUUUGACAGAGGAACCAUACAGAAGCACAUUUUAAUUUAUUUUUGGCGGGGAGGCAGAUCUUGUGCAUGAAAAGUGUGCAGAGGGCUGUUACGACAACAGCGGCCAUACUCUUCGUCCUCGACGACCCACAACUAGAACACGUGUGUGCCGAGUAUGGACGCACUCUGGGUUCAUAAAGCAUCACACUCACAGCUCCUGAUGAGGUGACAUGAAGAGAAGUGCCUGAGGUUCCAAAAGGCAGUUUGGACGACGGCGGCAGCAAUUGGCAAAAACCACAAUACAACUUGUUGGGACUUUUGACCAGGCCGCUAGUCAUUAAGGUUGAUGCCUCCAUUACAUGUCUACGUGUGUUAAGGAAACCGUUUGUUAUUUCCAUGCGAAUGCUCAAUUGCACUUGAGAAAACAAGGGGUCAAGAAAAGCAAAACGCUCCACUUUAAAGCAUCAGCAACUUUGGAUUAGACCGCUUCAUAUCUUUCCGCUCCUCGGUGCAUAUCGCCGCUUAGGACAAAGGGGCGUGUGGCUAUCAAGUGAUGCUCUCACCAAGCGGUUAGCUGUGGCGCGCUUUAACGCAAACACCGGUUUGUCCUCAAGAAACAAGAUCAAAGUUUUACCUAGGAGAAGAGGAAGUUACAUAUUUUAUUGCAAAACCAAACCGUUUUAAUAAACUACAAACAUUCACUCUUUACUUCUUAGAAAGUUCUGCAUAUAUUAGUAAAUGAUUUCUAAAUGUUUCCCGAUAUAUACAUAUUUAUAUUUAUAUAUCUCAGUGACCGUGUUAAUCUAUAUCUGCUGUUUAUUGAUCAGGAGAGUGCGAAACAGAGUUCAACCAGCAAUAACAGACCCAUAUUAAUGAUAGCAUUUACGGUAUAUCAAACUCCUUUUUAAAUUCAAGUGAUUGCUGUUUUAUGGCAAACACUCCAGACAAACUAUAGAUUCUGUGAUUACACUUUUUUUUUGGGGGGGGGGGGGUAUUUUUGCAUCAUGUAGUGAGGAACUGUGAAUGUCCUGUGCCUGUCCAAGGCGGCCUGAUCCAUAUUUACUGUAUGUACAUAUCUCUUUUCCCGAAACACCCUUGGUCCCUAAUCUAGAAAGUAAUCUGUAGUAACAAAACGUGCUUCAUUAACCUGACAAAAGAACCACUGGGUGGCGCAGGCGCUGGCUUUUCACUGUCGGUGUUAAACAACUGGCUUGCUGCAUUAUAUGGUUCAGGAACGUUCAAUAAAAUCUUUAACUUCCAAAAGAAUAAGUCAUUUAAUCUCUUUAGCAGACAUGUUUGUUGUAAUGUAUGAUCUGAUAUUCAUUAAGCGAGUAUCUUCACUCAAACAGAGAUUGUUCAUGGCUUUGUUUUGCUGCAGAGUCUCCACAUUUUAGGCGUUUGUAUACGUCGGGGAUUUUCAAGGCGACUGAAAAUUUUUUGUUGUUGUUUUGUUUUAACGUUUUUAUUGGAAAAUAAGGCAACACACAGUUCUAGAUCAUUUUCUUCCAUAUUUGGAAGCAUACUUUUUUUUAUUUUGUAUUUAUUUUCAUGCUACUGUAUAAAAAGAUAAUUUACGUGAUCAACUGAAAUAUUUAAUUGUAAUCUGUGUCAGAAAUGGCAAUUAAAUUCUCGAAAUUCAAA